ACAGGCGAUGUCUGCAUCUAAAAGGUGACUUAAUCAGGAAGUCCCGCCUUACAGAAGAAAGAAAGUCAUACACACCAAGGAUGGCACGAGGUUUGCUGAUCUCCAUGGCCACAUCAGAUGAAUUAGAGGAUUGCGUUGUGCAGAGAGGAAGAUCUCAAAGUGACCCGAGCAUCCUUACCGACACUCGUGUCGUUUAUAUGAACAGCACAGAUGUGAUGGAUCAGCACAGAACUCUUCACUCUGGUUGUCUGGUGUCAGGGGUUCGCACUCCCCCCAUCCGUCGCAACAGUAAACUAGCCAGCCUGGGUCGCAUCUUCAAGCCCUGGAAGUGGAGGAAAAAGAAAAAUGAAAAACUGAGGCAGGGCUCUACAGUGCUGGAGAGGAAAGUUGCAGCGCGGCAGAGUCGUGAUGAUAUUGUCAGGAAGGGCCUGGCAGAGGCUGGCACGGAGUCUGGCAUUGCCUGCGGGUUGAAUACAGUCAAGCCAGGGACCCCCAUGCAGGAGUACUCAGACAGAGAAGAGAGAGACGACGAGCCCAUGGCACCACUGGCUAGCACCACAGAGGACCUGGGGUCUGAUGAGGACAACACGUCUACAGUGCGAGAUGGUUCAGACUCAGAGGUGAUAGAGACAGCAGGGGAACUUGGCCAAAGUGAGGAUGAGGAUAUGCCGUCUGUCAGAGAUGCAUCGAGCAGAGGGGACUGUGUUGGACCCCCUGAGGCCCCUGAGUUCCACGAGGAGAGAAAGGAGAAGCCGCAGCUCAGACAAGUGCACACUCCCCCUGCUAAACUUCCUGUGAAGUUGUUUACUAGACUGGGAAGUCUGGACAGUACUCACUUUAAUCAGAUCCGGCCGGCUCCAGCCACACUGCCCAGGAACUUUACCCUCCCUAAAGAUGCCCUGAGGGGCAGGAUGUCCACCCCUACCGGAUCCCCCCACUUAGGCAUCAUGCACCCACAGCUGCCCCCUAGUAGCAUCAUAGAGGAACUUCACCGUGCACUGGCAACCAAACACAGACGGGACAGUUUCCACAGUAAGGAGAUCCGCAAUUCACCCAAACGGCGUUCAGACGGACGGCUGUCCCACACUGCCAGCACUGAGAAUGAGCCGAAUGGAGAGGUAGAGAAUGAAAAAGAGGCAGAAGAGAACAAGGAGAACAUGCGUCUGGAUGAAUACUACAGUGAUCAGGAUAGCUGGAAUGAGUCUGUCAUCUCUGGUACACUGCCACGGCGAAUCAGAAAAGAACUGCUGGUGGUAAAGCUGAGAAACAGACCAAGUAAACAGGAACUGGAGGACAGAAACAUCUUCCCUGUGCGCAGUGACCAGGAGCGUCAGGCGAUCCGCCAACAGAUUGAGAUGAAGCUGGCCAAGAGACUGAGUCAGAGACCAGCAGUCGAGGAGUUGGAGAGCCGAAACAUCCUCAAGCAGAGGAAUGACCAGACAGAGCAAGAGGAGAGGAGGGAAAUCAAGCAGAGGUUGAACAGAAAGCUUAACCAGCGGCCGACAGUUGAUGAGUUGCGGGACAGAAAAAUCUUGAUUCGCUUCAGCGACUAUGUGGAAGUGGCCAAAGCUCAGGACUACGACAGGAGAGCAGACAAGCCCUGGACAAGACUGUCUGCGUCAGAUAAGGCAGCGAUACGCAAGGAGCUGAAUGAGUUCAAGAGCAAUGAGAUGGAGGUUCAUGCGUCAAGCAAGCACCUGACAAGGUUCCACCGACCAUAGCAAGGUUUCUUCUGUGAAGAAUUGCUAAUGGUAUCUCUGUGAAGUCAAAAUCCUCAGGAGGCUUCGUCCCGUGCCCUAGUCCAUGGGAACUCCAUGGAGGGCCUGAUAUUUGGGCACUAGUGACCCUUGGAGGCUAUGUCUCUGGCGCUUCAGCCUGAAGCAGCUCCAAACUCCACUCAGUCAAGCUACAUGUCUGUAGAUUAUUGAACCUUUAUACUUUUUCAAGGGAAUCUUGAGGAAUGGUGGAACACAUAACAAAAAACAAAACAAAACAAAAAAAAAACAUAAAAAAAGUGACUUUUUCUAAUUAGACUGUUUUUGAAUGGUCGCCUUUUGAUGCCAAUCAGGGAGGGAGGGGUCAAGCAUGUGACUCAUUUGAACCUUUUUCCUACACCAGUUUGGUGCUGUAGUGACAUCCUAAACCGUUUCUGGGCUCCUCCUACUAAAACUUGAGUUUCAUUUCAGCUGUAUAGAUGUUAGUCUGAGGAAUAGAAAUCAUGUCUUACAUUUGCAAGGACUAUUUAUUGUCUGUACAGUACAAGCUUUGGAUUUUUUAAAGAUACAACAAUGUCUGUCUUCUUUUCUGAAUGAACGAAUUAAUGGAUGGAUGGAUGAUAGAUCCUCUUUGGGUACCAUAUAUAUACAGUGGCCCCAAAGUAUUUGGACACUUAAGCCUCACUUAAAAAUCUAUGAAUGUCUUUUCAUUAUAUAACAAAAUAUCAAACCAAUAAUUUUUUUGAAAGAGCACCUAUUAUGGUUUUUCAAAUAUUACCUUUCAUGUAGUGUGUUAUAUAGCUGUUUGUGAAUGUAAAAAAGUGCAAGACAAAUGGAGUUAUUGACUCCCAAAAGAAAGAACCGAUUCUGAACACCUGAAACGAGUCGUUAGUAAUUCCAGACUUACUUCCUGUACUAACCCAAGUAAUUUGGUAACAAAAAACCCACCUCUGGUUUUCAUUGGCUGCUUGCGAACAGCUUUGACCCGCCCUCAAACACAACACUAAGUGGUAGACCAAUCACAACAGACUGGGACAUCUGACCAAUCAGAGCAGAGUAGGCUCUCUGAAAGGAGGAGUUUAGAAUGUAUCCUUUAGAAUGGAUCAUUGAAUGAGUCGUUUUUGACACUGGGAAAAAAAGGUAAUGCUGCAAUUUAAAUUAUGAGCAAAUUAAAGAGUUUUUUGAUCUUGGAUGCAUGUAAAUCUAUUGUAUGAGACCUUUAAAACAAAAUUAGGCACGUUUAAAAACCAUAAUAGGUGCUCUUUAAAGAAAUAUAGCACAAACUCAAUUUUCAAGCAAAAUCUUUAUAAAACAAUAGAUAAACUGUUCAAAAUUAAGAGAAAAGUUAUUUGGACACUUUCUGAUCAAACGUUCGUGGAACAUGUUGCAUAUUAAAAUUUGCUGAUCUACAGGACACCUGUGGUUGCUUGGCUAGGACACCUGUGUGAACUUGAGGGGAACUGACUUCAUACAGCUACUAAAAUUACCUUAAAAGUUACAGCUUAAAGGUAAAAGUGAAAAAAUAGCAGAAAGGUGAAAACCUUUACAAAAUUCGAGAGUUCUGGCAAACUUGCCACAAACUUGCAGCAAAUUCGGCUCACAUUAUUUCACAAUCAAAUGAGCUUUGAGGCAAGCUCUUCAUUGUCGCCAAAGGUUUGCUGCAAACUUCUGGCAAACAUUUACAGGGAAUCGCAAGCUCAUUUGCAUGUGAAAAUAUUGAGUGGGAAAUUUGCGGCAAGCUUGUCAGAACUUCAGAUUUUUUGUUAGGGAAAGCAUCGUUUGUUUGCAAAUGCCGCAUAGUUUGAUAUUUUGUUAUCUAAUGCAAUAACAGUAAUAGGACUUGGAAAUGUCCAAAAGGGUCCAAAAACUUUAACUGGCAACUUUUAAUUGAACCAAACCUACUGAUAACCCUUAUUUUGACAGCUGAUGUCUCUUCUGUUGAAGUCGUGUCCUCAGGAGGGAAUUAGAUUAGAUUUCUUUCAUGUCUUUUUGCAGUAGCAUGUACAAUAAAUAUGUACAAUAGAGUCAAGUCUUACAUAAGCUGUCGGGUAGUUUCACCGUCCUUGAAGAAAACACAAGAACAUAUUGUGGCAGGGCGGAGGGCGGGACCGGGCCGUGAUGCUGCACAUCCAGCCCCUAAUCAGGCUGAUCAAGCCCAAGAGGGAUAAAGGCGACCGAUGGCGGCAGUUCUAGAGAAAGAGAACUACAGGCAGCUGCCCUGUAUGUGUUUAUGUUUGUGUCUUUUUGUUUGAUUAAAUAUUAUUUAUAUUGUUAAGCCGGUUCUCGCCGCCUCCUUUCCACUGAACUCUGUUACACACAUUAUUUCCAUUCACGCACAUCUCACCAAGCUCUGAGGAGCAAUGACAGUCUUUAUUUGUACAUUUAUUUCUCAAGUGCUCAAUUUAUUUGUGAAUAAUCAAAGAUUAAAUGUUUGGCCUUAUUCAAUUAAAGUUGCAUUUUAAGAAGUUCUAGUUUGUUUUUGUUUUUCCCCCUGUCAUGGCAUGAGAGUACCUGUUGUAGGCGGCCCAACAGAAAGCAGGUCAGUGCUUUCUGAGCUGGUUGGUUUGGUUCAUGGCUUAGAACACUUUAUAAAGGAUUUUAUGGCAUCCCUAUGGAAGAAAUGAAUGGGAAAUUACUUCCAGAACUAAGACCGCUGAAGAAGUGGGCGGGCACUGUUACCUCCAUUAAGAUUAUUUUGGAGACAAUUCACACAGACACACAAACACUUUUCAGUGCUAUUUCCUUUGCAAAGUGGGAGGUGUAAUUUUACACAAUGGCAAUAUCAAGACUCCUAGAAUUAUCAUUUCCAAUAGUGAAUCAUGCCGUGCACUGAGAACAACUAGCACUUCAUAUUAAGACAUCUUAAAAUUGAAAGGUUCCAUUUUUUAAUUAGUGAAUGCAUUAAGUAUGAUUAAUUAACAAGGAACUAUGUAUUUUUACAACAUUUAUUAAUCUUUGCAAAUGUUAGUUUUUUUUUAUCUAAUUUUUUUAAAUUGUUAGUUCAUAAUGUAUUAACUGUUACCAUAUACAACUUCUAAU